UGGCUCAGGCAGCUCUUGCAUUCAGUUGUCCGCCUUUAUAAUGUAGCCAGGACGUCACAGCCAUGCACUGUAACACAAGAAGUUAAAGAGGCAGAGGGGAAGCAGCCACCCCUCAACUUCUAGCCCUUAACAAAGGCAGAGGCAGGCAGGGAUCUGUCAGGAGAAACAGGCGCCGAGAGGAGAGGAAAACACAACUGGGGGGGCUCGGAGAGAUCCAGGGAGGCGCAAUUAAUGGAGGAGGAACGUUUUGAGGAGGCGAGGGAGGGGGCAGUUGAGCUCAGGCGGCCCCAGCGCUGCCCUAUUGGAUUACGUGGGGAUCUCGUUGCUGGUGAAGCAUAGUGGCGUGCAAGGCCCUUCUUUCUGUCUGGCCAAAUUUCUGUCCUUGGUUACAUGCCGACAACCUCAUUGAAAUUGGAGGGGUGUAACUAAGGGUGCUUAUUGCCAUCCGCUUCCAGAACAUACAUGAAUAAAGUGACAGCCCAGACUCUUUCGAGCAAUUGAUAGGGGAAACUUUAACCUGAGAAUGAAGAGGUAAACACUCAUCAGAACCGUAUGAUUGAAACCACAGCCCAGCCCUCUGCUGUUGGACAAGGCUUUGUCCUUUUGCCCUGUACGACCGAUGUUGCAGUAGUUCAGAUGGAUCGCAGCAAGGAGGUAGAGAUGGAAUUACGAAGAUCCUCUAGUCCUAGCAAGAUAAACAAGAACGACGUUGAUGGAGACAAGUCCAUGUGCCACAGCUGCUGCAUCUGUGGCAAGAGUUUUCCUUUUCAGAGCUCCCUGUCUCAGCACAUGAGGAAGCACACAGGAGAGAAGCCCUAUAAAUGUCCUUACUGCGACCACAGAGCCUCCCAAAAGGGCAAUCUGAAGAUACACAUUCGGAGUCACAGAACAGGCACUUUAAGUCAGGGGCAUGAGGUGGAGAUGGGAGAAGCACAGCUUGGAGAGAUGGGAGUCUCAGAAGGCCUUGACGGAUGCACCAGCCCCACCAAAAGUACAUCUGCCUGCAACAAGAUUCUGAAUGGGGCAACCCAGGCAGACAACAGCAAGAUUUUAUUGAGAAGCAGCAAGAAGGAGGUUGUCACCGAGGCACCACCUGCAGAAGAUGGCAAGCUACCCACUUAUCUGUGCAACUUCUGCAAAAACAAGUUUGAGAGAAAGAAAGACCUGGAACAGCACCUACAUCAAGUCCAUAAGCCAUACAAAUGCAGGCUUUGUAACUACAUGACAUUAAGAGAAGAGACGCUGUUAAACCAUAUAGAGAAAGACCAUAUUACAGCUCAAAUUCCAAACGGGGAAGCUUACACUGAGAAUUGCAAGAGUGAGCUGAAUGCAGGGGAAUUUCCUUGUGAAGUCUGUGGUCAGGCCUUCAGUCAAACCUGGUUUCUCAAAGCUCACAUGAAAAAGCAUAGAGGAUCGUUUGAUCAUGGAUGCCACAUUUGUGGCAGGAGAUUUAAAGAGCCCUGGUUUCUCAAAAACCACAUGAAAUCACACGGUCCAAAGACGGGGAGCAAAAACAAACCAAAAAAUGAUUUAGAGCCCAUAGCCACUAUUAAUAAUGUGAUUCAGGAGGAAACAAUUGUGACUGGCUUAUCUCUGUAUGAAGUUUGCACCAAGUGCGGGAAUCUGUUUACAAAUAUGGAAAGCCUAAAAGCACAUAAUGCUGUACACUUCAGAGCUCAAAGAAGCAGUAUUGAGAACAAAGGUGAGGGGUUAAUUGAUGGAAGCCCAGAUCCAUCUGUAAAUAAGCAAUUUUUCUUACAGUGCCUGAAUCUGAGGUCUGCUGUAGGGAUAGAUAGAGUUACAAGAGGACAGCCUGGAAAAAGGGUAGCUGAGCUGGAUCCAGUCAGUAGCUACCAGGCCUGGCAGCUGGCCACCAAAGGAAAAGUAGCAGAGCCUUCUGAGUAUGUAAAAUAUGUGGGAUGGGAUGAAGUCCUUGCUGAUGCAGAUGUGACUUAUGACAAGGAUAAAAGAGAAUAUAUUCUGGUCAGCCAGGAGAAGCGCAAGCGAGAUCAGGAUUCACCCAGCUCCUCCAGCAACCCCAAGAAGAAAAGCUGUGUCAGUGGGCGCUUGGAGAAGAACAGCAAUGUGCAACAAGGAGAAAACUGUAUCCUUGCUCAGAGUGACCUGGACUACAGACCCUCCUCAAGGCAGAGUAGAAGGGCAUCCCAAAACAAGUCCACUGAGUGCUUUGAGUGUGGAAAGAUUUUCCGCACGUACCACCAAAUGGUGCUCCAUUCGCGGGUGCACAGGAAAGAACGCAGGAGCUGCAGUGAGAGUGGGACCAUUGCUCAGCCAGACCGGUAUGGAUCCAGCAGUGAAGAAGGGGAUUCUGGUUCUGUUAGUGGGCCAAGCACUCCCGGCUCAGCGUCUGCCCCAGAAGAUUCUGUGACCUCUGGAAUGGGUGAGGAGGGUGCUGAGGACAGCUUUGAGGAAGGAGUACCUGAACCAUCACUAGGUAAAAAGCCAUACCACUGCAGUUUUUCUGAAGAGGGGGCACCAAUGGUAACAUCUCGGGUAGAAGAGCUUUCUAAAUUUGGAAGUGACAAUGCCAGAGAAAAAGAUGCCAAUGAAUCUAAACCAGAGCUAUCAACUUUGGUAUCUACCCUGGAAAAUAAUAUCAAACGGCCUUUUCCAAAGUAUGAAGCUCAGAGAAAUUCUUCAGACUUAAAGUUGCCAGCUUUUCAACCCAGCCAAGAGCUUCCUUGCUCCAGGAGCACUGCUGACUUUGCUUCAGGAGUGGGCCAGACACCUUUAGAUGCAGCAGUAGACUUGAAAAACUCAUUGGAAAAGCAGGCUAGUCACCCUAAAGAAAAUUUCUCAGACUUGCACAAGGAGCACCCUGUUCUCGAAAAAGGUAGAGAGGCACAAGAAAUGGUUCCACUAGACUUAAGUGAAAAAUCAACGAGGGCUGAUUCAUGCAAUAAGGGCUUUACCUCAUCUUCGCAGGCUGAUUUGAUUGUCCACCCAUGUCCUUACUGCAAUCAUAAGACCUAUUACCCUGAAGUCCUGUGGAUGCACAAAAGAAUUUGGCACAAAGUCAGCUGUAACUCGAUGGCUCCACCAUGGAUUCAACAAAAUGGAUUCAAGAGUAUAAAAAACAACUUGGUUUUUCUGGCAAGAAGUGGACGCACUGGUCCUCCUCCUUCCCUUGGUGGUAAAGAAUGCCCACCUUUGCCUGUUGCCAGGUUUACACGCACUCAAGUACCAAGUGCGUUGCCAGGAUCCAAAAGCAAUUCUUCCCCUGUUGGGAUGACUAUAAAGCCUGGUAGUAUACAUCAGUCUAAGGACAGCCAUUCAUUUGGCCACUGCGGUCCACGGUCAUCAGGUCUUGAUGGGUACAGGCAGCCCAAAUCAAACCAUACCCAGGAGCAACAUAGCAUAGCAGUACAACAGCCUCAGCUUAAAGCUAAAUAUGAAGUAAAUGCUAAACUGAUGCAAGCGGGAAGCUUUAGCAGAAGCCUAACACCCACUCAGACAGUCGUAUCAAGGCUCACCUCACAGCCUGCCAACAGUAAACAGGUGGAGAAGUAUAUGAUUCCCCAGGGAAGUGCUGGUUUUCCCCCUUCAAGUAAGCAUUGUGCAUCUGACCCCAUAAAAGCCAAAUUCAACCCGCCGCCUCAGUAUCACCCUUUGUGUAAAACUGAGCAGUACAAUAAACAUGAAGAUCUGUCAGUGCCUCAAUGGGAAUCUCACACCAAGGCUGGGAAUGAGAUGAGGACACUGGCAAACUGCACAACAGGAGCAAGAGCAAGUCCACUAAUGCAGCCUCAGCCUAGCACAGCAGGAGCUUCUCCAGCUUUACACCCCAUCAAACAAGAACCAGCAUCAGAGGGGCAUGAGAAACGUUUGGACAUUUUUUUUAAGACCUACAUUCCAAGGGACCUUGCUUCAUUGUACCAAACCUGGGGUGCCAAUAGCCCUGUGCUGGAUCAUGCAGGGAUGCUUAGGACACAAACACGCCAAGGAGACUAUGUCUGCAUAGAAUGUGGAAAAUGCUUUAACCAGCACAGUCACUUCCGGACUCAUAUGAGGUCCCACACAGGGGAGAGACCAUUCCAAUGCAGAUAUUGUCCAUACAGUGCCUCUCAGAAAGGGAACCUAAAAACACAUGUGCAGUGUGUGCACCGGGUACCCUUUGACAACACCCAGUACCCUGAUCGGCGAUUCCAACAACCUCAAAACGAUGAUCCCAACAGCCCUAUAGAAGAACAGCUGGAAAACUUCCCUAUAAGCCAUCAAAUCUCUGGAGUCACUGUGCUAGAGUGAAAACAGUGCUCUGCUAGAAUGGAGAUGCCUCUGCACUGUUAAUCAUUUUAAAAUAAAUGAAGAUGCUACACAAGAUAUAUAUAAAUUGACGUACUAAUCAGUCCCAUGGUUCCUUAUUUCCUUUGUAAUAAACAGUGGAGUUGGCAAGCAUUGUGGCAGUGCAAGGCAUCUAUAUUAAUCAAGAUAAGUUUGAGACACUGGAAUAAUUAAACUGUAUGUGAUUUGGACAGCGUGAAGAAUUUAAGUACUGUAACAAAAACCUCCCUGAUGCUCAGAAUGACUAUUUGAUACAUUUGAAAAACAGCAGUGGAUUUGGGGGCCGAACAAGUAUUAAUUAAUGAAACUGCUACUGCUUGUCAUGCGGAAAAGUAAACUUUUAAAAAGGAGGAGUGUGAGGGGGAAAGAGGUAGCAUUUGGUGCUUUGGAGAGCAGUGCUUGAUGAAGGACUAAAGAGAAGACCAUCAUUCUACAAUGGUUUGUUUCAUUACAGUUGGGGACCACUUGCAUUUCUAAGUCUCUUGUUCUUGACUGCGCACCAUUAAUAGUAUGUGAAUAUGGAAAUUGAAACACUUCCACAGAAAUGCUUAUAUUCUGCUUUGGAAAAGAAAAAGCUGGUUCAACACUAAGAAAAACAGGCUUUGGUGUUUUACUCUCAGGACCUUUUUUGUAACAGGGCUACUUUCUUUGACCUGAUCACAAAGGAAGUCUGCACAUUUUAAAAAAUUAUUCAGCUGUUUAAAGCCGCUGAUCUGUACGUUUUUAAUAGAAAAGGAGUCGCUGAACAAGUUCAGGCUGACCUAGGCCCUUAGGGUACUGUACACUCCUGUAUUUUUGUUCGGCAAGCCAGUUACCCUUCCUUUCUGGGCUUGGUGACAUUUUGAAAAGCUGAGUAACUUCUUUUGUGGUGGCAGGUUAAUGUUCAUAUAAUGUGUCAUGUCUUCUAUUUGGUGAUCACUGGUGGUGUUAGGGGGGAAAAAGAGCUUUAUAUACCUCUUCUACAGUAACUCUUUUAAAUGCAAGUUUUCAAGGUGGAGGUUGUGGCACAUAGGUUGGUAAACCAUGAAGUGUAAGCAAUUAAAAAAAUGUAUUCCACAGAUAUAAAUAUUUUCUUUUCUCAUUGCUGUGACACUAUGUGUGAUGGUAAUAUUUCUGAGAGUUUCAGAUUUUGCACAUAUAAUUUUAUGCAUUAUCAAAAAUUACUGCUGCCUUGAAAGAAAAUGUUCUGUGAAAUUUUUUGCAAAAGCUUUAGUAGGUUUUUUUUUUAAUUGUAACAUUUUGUAAAGGCAGGAAAUGGAUUAAAAAAAAUCGCAUGCUAAUUAUAUUUUUCAAAAAAAGCAAUAAUUUUACAUGUACAGAAAUGAUGCUAACCUUUAAUACCGGCGAGAGCAACAGUUUACUUAAUACGAUAAUGGAAUAGUGCUGUUUUUGUAGUAAAUGGGCUUCUGACACAAAGAUUUGUUUAAAAAAAAAAACAAAAACCAUAAAGCGUGAUUUUUUCUGUUCUAACAAUUUUUUUUUGUUUGUUUGCUUGGGUUUUUUUUAGGGUUUUUUUGUUUGUUUGUUUUUAAACCUAGUCAAUAAUUGGUUCUGGCUACUACUUGUUACUUGUUGUGAAUUACUUGACAGUUCUUGUUACUUUGCAACACUCGCAAACAUGCAAAUAUAACUUUCUUACGUAAUUUUUUUUACUAAUUUUUUCUCAUACUUUUACACCAGAUGUAUACCAGAAUUCUCUGUAGUCCUGGUGUAGUUAGGAAUGUCUGUGCAAAUACUUACAAGUGACUGUCAUUGACUGUUUUGUAAAGUUAUUUUGAGGGAAGUCGCCAGACACAUUCCACUGUGUACACGAACACAGACACAUGCACACAAAAUUGCUGUGUGGAUUAAUGAUUGAUCAUCAUUUUGGGGUUUGCACUAGCUUUUUUUUUUUUUUUUUUUUGGUUGCUUUCUGAGUCAUAUUUUUCUUGGAUGAAAGUAAUGAUGACAGUUCAGGAAUGCACAAAAGCUAGUUGCUUAUCCUAUUUGUUUGUGUUUUAGUUAUUAAAAUCUCUUCUGUACCCAAAAUGGCACAAAAGUGUAGUGUACAUUUGUAAUUUUUUUUUUAUUUUUUCCUGUUAUGCAAGCUGAUAUGGAAAAUCAUAGUUAAUAUUUAGAGCAAAUGUUGCUUUCUGGAACCUUUUUUCCAGCGUACCUGACAGAGGAGAGGAUAGUGCUGUCGCUGCCAUUACCAGGGUACUAAUCAGCAAAGUUACAAUCAUAAUUUACCUACAUGAAGAACAACAGUAAGGGAAAUCAGUUUAAAUAAUUAUAUGCUGUGUAUAGCACAGAAAUGAGAUUUUCACAUAAUUAAACAAGGAAUGGGAGGAGUGGGUUGGGGAAAGCCAACCUCAAAGACCAGCCAUUUUCAGAUGUGAGUCCUAGGUUUUCUUGUUCCUUCUUUAUCAUUGUAUUGUAUUGAUUUUUUAAUUCAGUUAGACCAUAAUAUUUAAAAUGAUUUGUGUUCCUUAUUUAUUUAGUUAAUUGGUUUUGAUCAGCUUUUUUAAACAGCAUGAUGAUUUUUUAGCAUGACACACUCCUGUAAGCCAUCUUCUGACUGUUACAGACUUUCUACUACCUCUACAAAUCUACUGUUUCCUCUCCUUGACAGGUUUUUACAGUGUUGCAGUCUAAUGUAACUUAGCCAAUAAAGGGUAUGAUUAUCUAUACUGCA